UCGAACUACCGUUAUGGAGACAAUGGAAAAGCCUGUGUAUUGUACCAGAGAAACAAAAUUCAAAGAGAUUACUGACUGUAAUAGUAUGACAGCCUGCAGGAGAGUAUGCAAAGGUAGUUGACUCUUGAGCAGCCAAACCCACUUAUCUUUUCAUUUUUUGUGUAUGAAUGUUUAUUGUCCCCUUGUCCUUCUAUUGUGAAACAAGGCAACUGGUUUCUCUGUAACAUUCACUAUUUCCUUUAGUUCUGUAUUCUGGCUAGAUUCACUUCCUUUCUAAACUAAAUAGCCUUAAUCUUUUAAAUUUCUUCUCAUAUGGAAAUAUUUCCAUGUCUUUAAUUCCCUUUGUUACCCUUCUCUGGACCUUUUUUAUUUCUACAACAUCCUUUUCAGAUGAGUAUCGCUACAGAACCCAGAAUGUCACUUGAGGAGAAGUCAUGAACUUAUGUGACAACUUUAUAAUAUUUUUAAGAUGUAUUGGGUAUAUCAGAACUCACUUUUAUUGCUAAAAGCGAAGACCGUUUGUUCAAACAUUUAUUUCAGGACUAUCAAAAAUGGGUUCGCCCAGUCCAACACUUGAAUGACACAAUACAAAUAAAGUUCGGCCUUGCAAUCUCCCAGUUAGUGGAUUUGGACGAGAAAAAUCAGUUGAUGACAACCAAUGUUUGGCUGAAACAGGAAUGGAUAGAUGUAAAAUUAAGGUGGCAACCUGAAGAUUAUUCUGGAAUAACAUCUAUUCGUGUCCCAUCAGAGUCAAUCUGGAUUCCAGAUAUUGUGUUGUAUGACAAUACAGAUGGCCGUUUUGAAGGAACAUCUACAAAAGCAGUUGUAAAGUAUGAUGGAACUGUUGCUUGGACUCCACCAGCAAACUACAAAAGUUUGUGUACCAUAGAUGUUACAUUCUUUCCAUUUGACCUCCAAAACUGCUCCAUGAAAUUUGGUUCCUGGACUUAUGAUGGCUCACAAGUUGAUAUAAUUCUAGAAGAUUAUGAUGUUGACAAGAGAGACUUCUUUGAUAAUGGAGAAUGGGAAAUAGUAACUGCAACAGGAAGCAAAGGAAACAAAACUGAUGGAUGUUGCUGGUACCCAUUUAUUACAUACUCAUUUGUAAUUAGACGAUUGCCCCUUUUUUACACACUGUUUCUCAUUAUUCCAUGUAUAGGACUUUCAUUUUUAACUAUCCUUGUCUUUUAUCUCCCUUCAAAUGAAGGUGAGAAAAUUUCUCUCUGCACUUCAGUACUAGUGUCUUUGACUGUUUUUCUUCUUGUUAUUGAAGAAAUUAUACCAUCAUCUUCUAAAGUUAUACCGCUUAUUGGAGAGUACUUGGUAUUUACUAUGAUUUUUGUGACCUUGUCCAUUGUGAUAACUGUUUUUGCUAUUAAUAUUCAUCAUCGUUCCUCUUCUACUCACAAUGCUAUGGCACCUUGGGUCCGCAAGAUAUUUCUUCAUAAACUUCCAAAGCUACUUUGCAUGAGAAGUCAUGUAGAUAGAUACUUUGCUCAGAAAGAAGAAACUAGAAAUAUCAGUGCAUCAGAAUCAUCUAGGAAUACCUUGGAAGCAGCUAUAGAGUCUAUCCGAUACAUUACAAGACAUAUCAUGAAAGAGAAUGAUGUUCGUGAGAUCGUUGAAGACUGGAAAUUUAUAGCUCAGGUGCUUGAUCGAAUGUUUUUAUGGACUUUUCUUCUGGCUUCGAUAAUUGGAUCAAUUGGGUUGUUUAUUCCUGUUAUUUAUAAAUGGGCAAAUAUAGUAAUACCAGUCCACAUUGGAAAUAUACACACAUAAAGUAUUUGUGGGAUACAACUUCUGCUUUGAAUGUGAUUCUUAAAAGGUAAUGGUAGUUCUGUAUUCAUGCAAAUAAGUGUAUAUGCACACUUUUUAAAUAGAAUUAUAAAUUUAAGUAUAAGGAAUCAUAUGUAUAUUUAAGCAUUGCAUUUUAAGAAAUGUGCAAUAACUACUGUUUAGCUGUUAACCUACUAAUUCAUUUCUAAAUCUGGACAAAAUCAAAACAUCUUUUCAAAUACUUGCAUGUAUGGUAUGCCCCAAAAUACUGUACUCAACUGCUGAGAACUAGAUUUAAAAAAAAAAUUAAGGUGUUAAUUGUUUUAGAACUGGCAAAACACUAUAUACUCUACUGUUAAAGAUGUAUAAAUAUUUAUGUACUAGAGGAUUUUGGUUACAUCAACAUACUUAUAAUGAGCAGAAGAUUUUAAGUGUAAGGUUUUUUUUUCAUAUGCUAGAAAAUUUGAGGUUUCUAGAGUAAUAUUAUCCAUCUAUUCUAACUCGCUGUAGUAUGUAAAUUAAAAAUAAUCUAUGCA